AUGGGUGCCACUACCGUUCCUACCAACGACCACGUCCUGGUCCCUGAGACCCUCCUCAAGAAGCGCAAGAGCCAGGAGAAGGCUCGCGCUGAGCGCACCUCCGCCCUUGAGAAGAGAAAGGCCUCCAACAAGGAGAAGCGGGGCGUCAUCUUCAAGCGUGCUGAGAAGUACGUCAAGGAGUACCGCGAUGCCGAGCGCGAGAAGAUCCGUCUUCACCGCGCCGCCAAGAAGGACGACUCUGCCUACGUCCCCGCCGAGGCCAAGCUGAUCUUCGUCGUGCGCAUCAAGGGUAUCAACAAGAUUGCCCCCAAGCCCCGCAAGAUCCUCCAGCUCCUCCGUCUGCUCCAGAUCAACAACGGCGUCUUCAUCCGCGUCACCAAGGCCACCACUGAGAUGCUCAAGAUUGUCGAGCCCUGGAUCGCCUACGGCUACCCCAACCUCAAGUCCAUCAAGGAGCUCAUCUACAAGCGCGGAUACGGCAAGAUCAACAAGCAGCGCAUCGCUUUGACCGACAACGCCAUCAUCGAGGAGAACCUCGGCAAGUACGGCAUUGUCUGCAUCGAGGAUCUCGUCCACGAGAUCUACUCGGUCGGCCCCAACUUCAAGCAGGUUGCCAACUUCCUGUGGCCCUUCAAGCUGUCCAACCCCACUGGCGGCUUCCGCGCCCGCAAGUUCAAGCACUACAUUGAGGGCGGUGACCUUGGCAACCGUGAGGACGCCAUCAACGGCCUCAUCCGCCAGAUGAACUAA